AUGCAGAAGGUCGUCUGCCUCGUCGUCGUCCUCGGCUUCGUCUCACAGGCAAAUGCGCAAUGUGACCCGGUUCCUUCCCCGGCUCCUGCUGCCGGUACUGGGACAGCCCCGGCCUGCCUACCUGGUGAGGUUUGCUACAAUGACGGUACGAACGAUGCAUGCUACGUUGAUGACGCGACCACAACUACUCCCUUGGUGACGACGACCGCCGGUGGUGCCACCACCACAACAGUGGACUCGGCAACAACGACGACGGUUGCCGAUUCCGCCACCACUACCACGGUUAGCAGCGAGAGCUACUCUGGCAGCUGCGUGGAUACGAACAGCAACUGCGCCACCUGGGUUUCGAACGGCUUCUGCACAAACACGGCCUACACGAUCGAGCAGAGGGGACAGUACUGCGCCAAGAGCUGCAACCUCCAGCCGGCCUGCAGCGGAUCGAGCACCACCUGCACUGACUCGAGCAGCAACUGCGCCAACUGGGUGGCGAACGGCUUCUGCAAUAGCGCCUUCUACACGACCGCCCAAAAGUCGCAGUACUGUGGAUCCAGCUGCAACCUGUGCUCGUCGAACGGCGGCGGCUCCUCCUCCACCUGCACGGACGGAAGCACCAGCUGCGCCAACUGGGUGUCGAACGGCUUCUGCAGCAGCUCGUUCUACUCGACCGCCCAAAAGAGGCAGUACUGCGGCUCCAGCUGCAACGUUUGC